AUGUCCACCUCACGGCUUGUCGGUCGUUAUAAAUUGAUUGGAGUCGUUGGCAAGGGAGGGUUUGGAAUUGUAGAAGAAUAUCAAGACCUUUUAACAAAUGAGCAUGUUGCCAUCAAAACGAUUCCAGCUCGCUUUGUAAAUCAGGAGAGUAAACGCCUUGUGCGUGAAAUUGAUACUAUGACUUUUUUGCAUGAUGCCCAUCCCCAUGUAAUUGGUUAUUUUAGUAUGUUUGUAACCCCAUGUGUCAGCGUGGAUGGACGAUCUGGAGGAGAUGAUGAUACACAUUAUAAUGGUUCAAUAUCACCAGAAGAAGUUUCUAGUAACUUAGAUGUAGAGGGUUCAGAGUAUAUUAAUUUGGAUUUUGGUGGAAAACUUAUUAAACAUCAUCAUGAACUUGAAGCAGAAGUGGGGAAAAUAAAAGGAACAGAUGAAUUUAAUCUUCAUAUUGUGAUGCCUCUGAUGAAAGGCGAUUUGCUUUAUUUUAUUAAGCAUGCGUCUUCUUCAAGUCCGAAACUAUCCAUGACAGAAGAAUUUAUUGAGCAAGUUGCUGUUGUUUUUGCUUUUCAAAUUUGCUUUGGAUUGGAUUAUUUGCAUAAGUGUAAUAUUGUUCAUCGAGAUAUGAAACCAGAAAAUGUUCUUGUUCGUUUACAUGGAACUAAUCCAUAUGAAUCAACAGCACUUAUUGCAGAUCUUGGACUUGCGCGUGAUGCUGAAGCUAGUGAUACUUUUUAUGUUUGUACACGUUAUUAUAGACCGCCUGAAAUUAUUACUAAUGUAUCAAAAGGAGAAACAUCAAUAGAUGUAUGGUCAUUAGGUUGUAUCUUUUUUGAAAUGGUAACUGGUCGUGCACUCUUUACAGUAAAUUCUGCUCUUAAUGAACAUGGUGUAUGGGAAGGUCAACGUGCAAGUACACAACUUGAAGUAAUUCUCAAUAUAGUAGGAACUCCUAGUCAUGAAGAGGUUAGACGUUUUAUGCCAGUUGGUAAUGCUCAAUUGUAUCUUUUAAGAAGUGUUUCACGACCUUCAAGACUUGUAGAAAUUAUGGAAAAUAAUUGGAGGUUACGUACAACUCGUGAUCGACAAAUAAAAUGGAUGGAUUUAAUUUCUCGUUGUUUAGCUUUUUUUCCCGAGCAACGUCCUUCUUGUGAAGAUUUGUGUCGGCAUCAACUUUUUCGUGAUUGUAAUGUUUUUUAUGGUGAAAAUGUUAAACAACAUCCUGCAAGGAUUUAUCGACCCACACAAGCAGGAACUUUAGUGGUUGAAAAUAAGCAAAUUGUUUUACAUCUUGUUAUGCGUGCUUUGGAACAAUCUUCACCUUUAAUGGAAGAAGAAGGAACAGAAAAAGACGAAUGGAGUGAGGAAGGAGGAGAUUUAUUAUUUUGUGAAGAAGAAGAAAGUCAUUUAAAUAAUGAUGAAAUUCUUAUAGAGCAUUCAAAUCCAGUUGAUAGUGUAGUAACGAAAAAUUCAACAACAAGUCGAGAAAAUACCCCAUACGGUUUAGAAGAAGAAGAAAUAGUAAAUCAAUUGGAUUUUCCUAACGUGAAUGAUCCUGAACUUCGCCAGCGUUACGGCAACUGGGGUUAUAGUAAUGAGUCUUUGGAUGAUGUUAUUUCUAGGCUUCUAAACGACCUUCAGUAUUAUACGCAUGAUCCGGAGCGUUCGGAACAAUUAAGGGUGUUACUAAAUUACUUUACCUCAUUGCGUUGA